AUGAUUCUAACAAACGAGGCUGCUGAACCCGCGUCACCCGCACACGACGUCGGCUCCCAGAACGAGCUCCCCAGCCCCUCUAAUGGGACAACUUCGGAGUCCUUGCUGGAGGAUCUUGCUACCAAGAUUCAGGAGAAUGCGGGUCGCAUAAGUUCGUUCCUGCGUGACAAUGGCCACACUUUACCGUCGUUCAACGUGGACGCCCCUGCUACCACCCUGCCAGCCUCGGCCCCAACCGAGAUCCACGCCGCAAGACAGGCGCUGAUGGAGGCUGCUUUGCAGACGUUCCAGUUGGCGGCGGGACCCAGCGAGUAUCUGCCACACCUGGCGGUUGGUUAUCAAUAUGUCGCCUGUUUGCGAUGGUUAACCCAUUUUGGAAUCUUCGCUCGGGUUCCUCUCACCGGUAGCGUCUCGUAUAGCGAGGUCGCAGCGUCCGCGAAUGUCUCUGAAAGCCAGUUGAAGACGGUGGCCCGGAUGGCCAUGACGAACCAUGUCUUCUGUGAGCCGGAGCCAAAUACCAUCGCGCACACCGCGACCUCUGCCCUACUGGUGACCAACCCGAUGUUCCACGACUGGGCUUCGUUUAUGUGUGAGGCAUCGGUUCCGAUGGCGUCGAAGUUGGUCGAAGCCUCCGAGAGGUGGCCGGGAAGCGUGGAAAAGAAUCAGACGGCAUACAACGUUGCUUUUGACACUGAUCUUCCUUUCUUCGACCACCUCGCCACUUUGCCGAAAAGAUCAAAGCAAUUUGCGAACUACAUGAAGAACGUCCAGAAUAGCCAGGGCACGGCGAUUCAUCAUCUUUUGCAGGGUUAUAAUUGGGCCGCCUUGGGUGAAGCAACAGUCGUUGAUGUCGGGGGCUCCACUUGUGCCGCCAGUAUCGCACUCGCCCGUGCAUUUCCAAGCCUCAAUUUCAUCGUGCAGGACCUGCCAGAAAACGCCGCAAACGCCGAAGCGGCGAUUGCUGAGCAGCCGUCGAGUAUUGCAUCCCGGAUCUCCUUCCAGGCCCACAAUUUCUUCGAAGACCAGCCCUAUAAAAAAGCGGAUGUCUACCUCCUGCGCAUGAUCCUGCACGACUGGCCCAAGCGCGAAGCGACGGCCAUUCUCAAGAACCUCCUCCCAGCGCUGAAGAAGUCCUCGCAGAUCAUCAUCAUGGACACGGUCCUCCCGCGACCGGGUUCAAUUCCGUCGGCAGAGGAGCGUCUGCUUCGCGCAAGGGAUAUGACAAUGCUGCAGGCUUUCAACAGCCUGGAGAGAGAUCUUGAUGAUUGGAAGGAAUUGCUGAAGGGCGUCGACGAGACACUUUCUCUCGUAAACGUGGUGCAACCGGUUGGGAGCGUGAUGUCGGCCAUGGAAGUUGCGUUCAAGGCGUGA